UUCGAAUCGUGAAGGUGCAAAAAUUAAAAUGAAAACAGCACAAACAUCUCACAUAUUCGACGUGGUGGAUUACCUAAAAGGUUUAUUAACUAUUAUGGGGACAUGGCCUCAACGCAAUCCUUCUUGGUCUUACCGAAUGAAAAGAACCAUCAGUUGGAGUCUGGACAUAUCCAUACUAUGUUGCUUAGUUGCUGAAAUCUACAAAAACUAUCUACAUAGUGAAUUCAAAGAGUUAACAGAACUGUUAAGCAUCAUGACAUCAUUUGUCUCAUGGUCGAUUAAACGAACCAUAUUCGAGUUUAAAAACAACCGGCUCGUGGGUCUCUUUGAAAAGCUCGAAGAUCCGGUCCUGCAUGACUUUCCUAAAAGCUGCGACGCUUACGUACACAGACAGAAUAGAUUCACGAUGAUAAUGGCAAAAACAUUUCAGUUCUUAGCCGCUAACAUGGUGACAUCGUCGUCCUUGAAACCGUUUAUGAACGCAGGUUUAGCGCUGCAUUUUACAAUCUUUGACUUAGGCAACUGGUAUUACCCGUUUCAUAUUUAUGAAAUUAUUGCGAUGAUCAACGCCAGUUAUAACAACAGUACGAUGGAUUGUGUGGCCAUGUCGCUGAUGUCUAUUUGUGGCACACAAUUUGAAAUAUUAAAACAGAAAAUCAUCCACUGCAGACAAUGGGCUGGGCGUACAACUGAAGAAAUCGACAGGGGCGAAGUUAAUGUUGGUGAGGACAUGGAUCCCAACUUGGAUGUCACUAUAAAAGAAUAUUUAAAUUCAUGUGUGAAACACCAUAUUAAAAUUCUUGAUAUCGUAGGAGAUGUGGAAAAUAUAUUCUGUUAUCUUUUACUAUCACAGUUUGCAACAAGUGUUUUAGCAAUUUGCAAUACCUGGUUUCAAUUUAUGUUGGAAGAUAAUUUAAUCAAAAUUUUAUUUCUGUCAUUUUAUGCACUUGCUUUGCUGAAUCAAAUUGCAUUGUAUUGUCUAUAUGGUGACCAAGUAAUGCAAAAAAGUCAAGAUCUGCGCGAUGCAUGCUACAUGUCUGAUUGGUAUAAAUCGAAUAAGAUGGUAGCCAAAAAUAUGUUAUUAAUAAUGGAGCGAGCAAAACGACCCACUGUGAUUACGGCUGGUAAAUUAUCCGUAUGCAACUUAGUCACUUAUGCAGGCUUGAUAAGAAUGUCAUAUUCUUAUUUCGCGUUGAUGAAUCGACUUUAUGGCGACAUGGGAGAAUGAUUAUAAGUAAUACAGAAGACAGAAUAUACUGAGUAGUCUGAUUUGAUUUAGUUUUAAAUUUAAUAGAAAAAAAUGCAAUUGAAAAGCACCUAGUUUAUAUAAUAUACUUUUUGCACGUUUCUGAGCGUUAUAUUAUACUAAAAGAGAUCAUUUUUACAA